GUGAAUCGGGUCGAUGUGUACGUGUUUCAUUGGAACGUUGAUGGGGCUUUUCUCGAAAACUUUAGUGAUCCCAUCGUCAACUGCGCUAUAUAGACCAAUAAAAGCGCAGUACACCAUGAAUAGCUUCUUCUUGUCCCUCCUAUUGUUGCUCUCUUUGACUUUACAGUCCGAAUGUAAAUGUUACAAAGAUUGGAAACGCUGCGUGCCAAAAUAUACAUUUGCAACUGGAAUCAUAUGGAAAAAUUGUGCCGUCUAUUGCCAGAAAUGUAAGGGAAGAGCAGGAGGACAUUGUGAGAAAGUGUAUAAAAAAGAAUGCAAUGGAGGUUUUCAGUGCAGAUGUGCUGGACCAGAUCGUCCCAAAUCAAAAAAUCCUGUCGACAUUGCAACAUGCAAACUCGGAUUAUGAAAUCUAAUAAUGCACGAAUAAAAGCAUAAAUAUGCUGAAAUGGUAGAACCUUCCAAACC